UGACAUUCGUAAUAUAACCUACCUAAACCCAAAGAAAUUGUAGCACCAAAACCUGACUUUCGAAUCCAAUUCCAAGUGAAUUAAAACAGCAGAAUUUGUCGAUUAUUAAAUACAAUGCAUCAUAUUUAAUUAUUGUUAUAGUAAAAUGAACAGAUUGCUAUGGUCAGCGAAGUGUUCCUCAUUUAAGAAUAGCAUUUGCAGAAGUUCACCGCUGCUUCUAGCACCAACCAAAACUUUACGAAAUGUUGUGCUAUUUCGGAGCGCUCAUGAUCAAAGAAAGAAUAUUAGGUCCACACUCAAUUAUGUUAUUGCCCUUGGCGUCAUGACUGUAGGUUUAAGUUACGCUGCAGUGCCACUGUACAGGAUAUUUUGUCAAGCAUAUAGCUAUGGAGGUACGACAGGACAAGCAGAGCCAGAUGAUACAGUGAGCCACAUGACAGCGGUGAAACACCGGCCAAUUAAGAUUAGAUUCAAUGCCGAUGUAGCCUCCUCCAUGCAGUGGAAUUUCAAACCACAGCAGCUUGAUAUUACAGUAGUUCCAGGUGAAACAGCCCUUGCAUUCUACACGGCUCGCAAUCCCACUAAUACCCCCGUGACCGGCAUCAGCACCUACAAUGUGAUCCCGUUUGAGGCUGGUCAGUACUUCAACAAGAUCCAGUGCUUCUGCUUCGAAGAGCAGCAGUUAAAUCCUCAUGAACAGGUGGACAUGCCAGUAUUCUUCUACAUUGACCCUGAAUUCAUGGAUGAUCCCAAGAUGGAAUAUGUUGAUGAAAUUGUUCUGUCAUACACUUUCUUUGAGGCUAAGAAGGGUUUAAAGCUGCCUGUUCCCUCCUAUGUGAAGCAAUGAGCCAUAAUUUGCGGUGACCGUGUAGUGUUGUGCUUUGGUUUUGUUGUUGUCCAUUGAAGAUAUCCGUACCGUGUCAGGUAUAGCACAAAGGCAUUUAUAUUUAAGUCAUAUUUAAUUGGACGCGACUAUUUUAAGUUUUAAUAGAUGAAAUAAAAGUUGUUAUUUUUUAAAA